GGCAAAUUCUGUGUUCAUCAGAACAUUUCCCAGCUGUGCAGAGGGCUCACACCGCUUCAGUGGGACUUGGAAUUCUGGAGAAUUGGCUCUGUGAGAAGCUGACAGUAGUAUUUUUAAAUUUCAUCUCUUAGUUUUCCAUUUUGUUCCAUUUCAAAGGAACAUCAGAAACCAUGAACAACUUUAGUAAUGAAGAGUUUGACUGCCAUUUCCUUGAUGAAGGCUUUACUGCCAAGGACAUUCUGGACCAAAAAAUUAAUGAAGUUUCUUCCUCUGAUGAUAAGGAUGCCUUCUAUGUUGCGGACCUGGGAGACAUUCUAAAGAAGCAUCUGAGAUGGUUAAAAGCUCUUCCUCGGGUCACCCCCUUUUAUGCAGUCAAAUGCAAUGAUAGCAGAACCAUAGUGAAGACUCUAGCUGCCAUCGGGACAGGAUUCGACUGUGCCAGCAAGACUGAAAUACAAUUGGUGCAGAGUCUUGGGGUGCCGCCGGAGAGGAUUAUCUAUGCAAAUCCUUGUAAACAAGUAUCUCAGAUUAAAUAUGCUGCCAAUAAUGGAGUCCAGAUGAUGACUUUUGAUAGCGAAGUUGAGCUGAUGAAAGUUGCCAGGGCACAUCCAAAGGCAAAGUUGGUUUUGCGGAUUGCCACUGAUGAUUCCAAAGCAGUCUGUCGCCUCAGUGUUAAAUUUGGUGCCACACUCAAAACAAGCAGGCUGCUUCUAGAACGGGCAAGAGAGCUGAAUAUCGAUGUCAUUGGUGUCAGCUUCCAUGUGGGAAGUGGCUGCACUGAUCCUGAGACCUUCGUGCAGGCCAUCUCUGAUGCCCGUUGUGUCUUUGACAUGGGAGCUGAGGUUGGUUUCAGCAUGUAUCUACUUGAUAUUGGUGGUGGCUUCCCUGGAUCUGAGGAUGUAAAGCUUAAGUUUGAAGAGAUCACCAGUGUAAUCAACCCCGCACUGGACAAGUAUUUUGCGUCAGACUCAGGAGUGAGAAUCAUAGCUGAGCCAGGCAGAUACUAUGUUGCAUCAGCUUUCACACUCGCAGUUAAUAUCAUUGCCAAAAAACUUGUAUUAAAGGAACAGACAGGCUCUGAUGAUGAAGAUGAAUCCAGUGAACACACCUUUAUGUAUUAUGUGAAUGAUGGAGUAUAUGGAUCAUUUAAUUGCAUCCUUUAUGAUCAUGCACACGUGAAGCCCCUUCUGCAGAAGAGACCCAAACCAGAUGAGAAGUAUUACUCAUCCAGCAUAUGGGGACCGACCUGCGAUGGUCUCGAUCGCAUCGUUGAGCGCUGCGAUUUGCCGGAGAUGCACGUGGGUGACUGGAUGCUCUUUGAAAACAUGGGUGCCUACACCGUGGCUGCUGCUUCCACGUUCAACGGCUUCCAGAGGCCAACGAUCUACUACGUGAUGUCAGGGCCGACAUGGCAACUGAUGCAGCAAAUCCGGAACCACGACUUCCCACCCGAAGUAGAGGAGCAGGAUGUCGGCACGCUGCCUGUGUCCUGUGCUUGGGAGAGUGGGAUGAAGCGCCACCCGGCGGCCUGUGCUUCCGCGAGCAUCAAUGUGUAGAUGCUGUUCCUGUAGCUGUUAACUGCGAGUUUAGCUUGAAUUACGGGAUUUGGGGGGACCAUUUAACUUAAUUACUGCUAAUUUUAAAAUGUCUUUGUAACUAGGGUUGGCACAGAUGUAACAAUAUGGAAGACUAGGAGAUGGGGUCACACUUAUCUGUGUUCCUAUGGAAACUAUUUGAAUAUUUGUUUUAUAUGGAUUUUUAUUCACUUUUCAAUCAUGCUACUAAAGAGUGUCCCUUGGCUGCUGAGCAAGCAUUUGUAGCUUGUACACUGGCAGGAUGGGCCAAAAGCUUAGUGUUGUGACCGUUUUAAAAAUAAAGUAUCUUGAAAUAA